AUGGAGACCAGGAGAAGAGUGAGAAGGAUCACAAAACGGGAGAAUGAGGACUCUCGACUCGCUGAGACCAUAAUACGCGAGCAUGUAGAGAAGCAGCAAUUGCGAUUACAGCAGAAGGAACUGGCUCAGAGAGAGGCUGAGGCCAGAGACAAAUUAAGCACUGAGGUGAAGCGUGAAAUCAAGCAGAAGCGAGAGCAGCAACUUCUGCAGAUCCAUCUGGUGCAAGAACAGAUGAAGACACGCCACCAAUGUGGGCUGGAGUCAGAGCGCAGGAAGGCCCAGCGAAGGUGGCGGCGGACAGAAAAGUGUGCUCAGAACAAUAAACGCCUUCUGGAAGAACGGCAUGAAAGUCAGGAGCAGGAGGAGAGAGACACCCAGAAGAAGACGGAACAGCAAGAGUACGAGGGGCAAGUGGAGAUGGCCAUCCGUAGAGCUUCCAUGGAAAACCGUAUCGCUCUUCCUGUGUGGGGCCAAAGAAACGGUCGAUAA